ACAGACACCUGAACAGGGUUUCAUCUCACAGCAAGAGGACUCAACACUAAACACACUGAAGAUGCUGUGCUCUCAUGGAGUCCAGUCUGCACUCAGUCCAUUCAUGGACUUCUACUGGCCUGUACGCUGUCUGUGGCCAGAGAUCAAGCCUCUGUUCUACCAGCAGGAUCUCCUGCAGAGAAACCUACAGGAGCUGCGCAGCAGUCUGGAGCUGAUGGAUAAACUUCAACACAGGAUCCUGGAGGAGACAGAGCCUUUCCAAAGCAGCAUGGCUGUAGAACCAUUCUCCUACCAGCUGGAGAAAGAGGGAGACAAGUUUGGUCUGACGCUGGACACUCGAGGCUUUUCUCCAGAGGAGCUGUCUGUCAGGCAGGUGGGCAGGAAGCUGAGAGUCAGCGGCAAGACAGAGAAGAAGCAGGAGGACGGGAAAGGCUCGUACUCUUACAGACUGCAGGAGUUCAGACAGGAGUUUGAGCUGCCUGAAGGACUGAACCCUCAAGCCAUCACCUGCCACCUGUCUCCAGAUGGGAAGCUCCACAUCCAGGCAGCCAAAGCUCCGUGUGUUGAAGAGGCUGAGAGAGCUGACUAUCAAGAGGAGCUCAGAGGACAAAGCACAGCAGAGUGUGUGUUCACAGGCAGAAGACAGCAGGACAGAGACACACAGCAGCACACAGGACUAACCUGA